AUGUCAAUGAACACAAUCACAGAAGAAGAUUCAGAUUCCUUUGAUUCUAAUACAAAUGCAAUCAUCUACGGCAUUUAUUACGAUUCUGGAUCUGGUGAAAGCUUGAUCUCUGAUCCUAAUAUUCCUUCCUCUUCAUCGUCUUCAUCCGAAGAAGAUGAAGACGAUGACUUCCUACAGCAGCAGCAGAAGAUGAUCUCAACUGCUGCUGCUGUUGGCGGUGUUGGUACAGUUGAUUUGACUGUACCAACAAAUGCAUCUUUCAGCUGGCUUACGAAUAAUGAUGAGGAGAUUGAUGAGCCCAAGGCAAUAAUGAUAUUUAAUGUUGAUUUCAGGGCAAUUACUUCACAAGUCAAUAAUGAAAUUGAAGAAUUGAAUUUAAAGUUUUGUGGGAAAAGGGUAAGAGAAGAGGAAAAUGAAGUAUUUUUGGUGAAUAAGGAAAUGAGAAGUGAACAAAUGGUAUAUCCAUUAACAUUAACACCAUCAAAUUGGUCCUCAAUUUGGGAUGGAGAUGGAAAUGGUAUUUUUGAUGUGCCACCGUUGUCACCACUUUCAAGUUUUGAUUGA